AGUUGACAGGAUCUUGUCCGGAUUCGGUAAGUCCUUAGAUCGAGUCAGUAGGUUUGUCAGUCAGGGGGAGUAGAGUCUAAGUCUAAGUGGCGAGGAGUGGAACCGUUGACCGGUUGUACACCAGGCACCAUGGUUGACACCCGUAGUGGGAAGAGUACUGCCCUCCAAUCCGAGGCCGAACAGGUCCGGAUCGAUGCCAUACUGAGAGAGAGAAAAGAAAAGAAAGAGCUCCUCAAGCAAGCGAAGCUAAGGGCUAUAGCAGAGGAGCAGGCGGCGAAGAAGAAGCAGUUAAAAGAAGAGAUGUUGAGAUUUCAGAAGGAGAAGAUGAUGAUGUUAUUACAGGAGGAGGAAGGGAAGAGGAAGGCUGUCGAGAAAGAAGCAGCAGCAGAAGAAGAGGAGGAGGUAGAAGAAAAGGACCCCUUGAAAGGAGGCGUGGGGAAGAAAGAGGGGAGACAAGUGGCACGAAGGGAGAAGACGCGUCUUGGAGAAGCUGAGAGAGGCCAGGUCUUGGAGAAGCUGAGAGAGGCUAACUUCAAGAUCAAUGCGAAAAAGUGCGAGUGGGCCAAGACCCAAGUCCUGUACUUGGGCCACGUGUUAGACGGAGAUGGCAUUAAGCCUGAGGACAGCAAGAUAGCGGCGAUUAGAGAUUGGCCGACGCCCCACACGUUGAUAGAGUUGCGGUCGUUCCUAGGCCUAGCUAACUACUAUAGGAAGUUUGUGAGGAACUUCUCGACUAUCGCCGCUCCCCUUCGCAGGUUGCUCAACAAAGAGGCAAUCUGGCAGUGGGAUAAGGACUGCACGUCUGCGCUAAAGAAGUUAAAGCGCGCGUUGAUCGAGUACCCUGUCCUCAAAGUAGCAGAUCCAUCUUUGCCAUUUGUCGUCACCACGGGCGCGAGUCAAUAUGGGAUAGGCGCCGUGUUCCAGCAGGAUGACGACAAUGGUUAUAGACCCGUAGAGCUCAUGUCAGCAAGGAUGCCCUCAGAGAAGUUUGCUACCUCGACGCAUGAGAGAGAAAUCUACGCUCUCAGGCAGGCCUUAGAGCACUGGAAGCAUUACCUGCUUGGGAGGCACUUCAAGGUGUAUUCAGACCAUGAGACGCUUAGAUGGAUGAAGAAACAGGCCAAAAUGACACCUAAGUUGAUUAGGUGGGCCGCUGAGAUAGAUCAGUAUGACUUCGAGCUCAGGCCUGUUAAAGGCAACAGCGAGUGCUUUGAUCGUCUGGGAAUGCCUCGCUUACGGAGGAAGGAGCGUGAGGAUAUCAUGUUGGCUUUGAUGGCCACCGCGGGGAAAAUGGCAGAUGAUGCCUUCGAAAUGAUGGAUCUCAUCAUGGGAUUCCGGACAAGGAGACCAUCUUUCAUUCUAGGGUCUGCACAGCAGUCACAUAAAUUUGGAUUUGUCGAUGACGAUGGCGAUGGGUGUGGCGGCCGUAGUCUCCUGUGGCUGUUGCCCACCAUUGUGGAGUUGACGAAUGUCAUUGCAAGGCCUCCCCCAAGGUGGUGGGUGUUGCGGCGCUCUGCGGGCUUGUGGAACGAUCUCAUUCCCUGUGACAACGCACAGAACGACUAUUACAUUGCUCUUCUGCGGAUGCGGCGUUCCACUUUAAACUGUCUUGUCCGAAAGUUGGAACCACUGCUUGAGAAGCAGGUUAUGAAAUUUAGACUGCCGCAUCCACCUGCGAAGAAGGUGGCAUAUGCCCUCCACAGAGGAGAUGAAGUAAGAGAGGGUGGAGGAGAAGGGGAGAGAGAUGAGGGAGAUGGAGAUGGAGAAGAAGGGGAGGAAGACAAAGAGAGUGAAAGUGAAGAGGAGGAAGGAGGAGAUGAAGAGGGGAGAGAAGAGAAGGAAGAAGGAGGGAGUGAGGAGGAAGAAGGGGAAGAAGAAGGAGGAGAGGAAGAAGGAGAAGAGGAGGAAGAAGAUCAAGAAGAAAAAGCGAACCUGCAGCAGUGUUGUGACGACGUCGUCACAGAGCAUCUGCAGACACGGCGGCAGUUGGAUAGAUGCGGACAAAUGUCGGAGGACAUGCGCAAGCAGGCAGAUCAGACAUCAGCCUUGCAGAAAGCGUUGGUGGAGCGGGAUGCGGUUGCGGCGGAGCGGGGAGAAGCUAUGGCGGAGCGGGAUGAAGUUCGAGGACAGUUGGAUGCAGCAUCAAGGGAUCUGCGAGUGACACGUCAGCAGGCUCAAACGACUUGGCGAAUCUAUAACGACGUUGUGUAUGGUGGUCAGACUGCGCGUCAAAAGUUCCCACCACCGGCGAGAGAUUUGUGUGAGGGGAUGGGAUGCAUGACACUCCGCGAUAAAGGAAAGGCCGUCGGCAUAUCCACUUCCACCUCUGCUGCGCAGGCGUCGAAAUGCGUUUUGUGUGAGGACUUGACUGCGCGUUGUCGGGACUUGUGAGUCCCGAAUGACUUCCCGUCACUCGAGAGACUGUAUAUGGCUAAUUUGUGCA